AUGGCAGAGGCAGAUCAGAUCAUUGAGGCUUCCGCUGCCGACGAUAGCGACGUCGAUUCAGCGCUUCCGGAAGACUAUGGUUCCUCCACUCGCUCCGUCGCAUCCAGCAUCUAUGACUAUGAAAAGUCCCACGGCCGCACGUACCACUCUUUUCAUUCGGGGAAAUACAUGUUGCCCAACGACGCAGAAGAACUGGACCGAGUCGACAUUGCUUAUCACGCAAUCCGACUCUCAAUAGGGAACAAACACUUUUAUGCUCCCAUCAAAAACCCCACAUCCAUCCUGGACGUCGGCACGGGUACUGGAGUCUGGGCCGUUGACGUCGCCGAUGACUACCCUGCUGCCAUUGUCGUGGGUACCGACUUAAGCCCUACACAACCUUCGAUGGUCCCUCCCAACCUUCGCUUUGAGAUUGCCGACGCCGAUGAAGAAUGGACCUUCCGCCCCGAGUCCUUUGACCUCAUUCACACUCGGGCUAUGAACGAUUUGAGCUUGAGGGACUGGGCCGACUAUUAUCGGCAAGCCUUCCGAGCCCUGAAACCAGGUGGCUGGGCGGAAGCCCAGGAAUGUUGCUGUCGACGGCAAUCGGACGACGACACCAUCCCCAAGGAUGGACACAUGCUGCUUUGGGAAGACGAAUGGGAGAGGGCAAUGAAGAAGAUCGGCAAGACGGGCCACUGUAACCCGAAUCUGGUCAUGGAACAGAUGGAGGAUGCCGGCUUUGCCAACAUUACCUGUAAGUAUUUCAAGGCACCUCUCGGGCCCUGGCCCAAGAAUCCUACCUUGAAAGAAGCCGGCCGAUUUGCUCAGGUUAUGAUGAUUGAGGGCCUAUAUGGUAUGAGUGUCAAGCUCUUUACCGACGUCCUGGGCUGGGAGAUGGACAAAUACGAGGCUCUUCUAGCCAAAGCCCGCGAGGAGUUGAGAAGAAAUGACAUCCAUUCCUAUUUUAUGAUAUACGUGAUAUACGCCCAGAAGCCUGAAAAGUGA